AUGAUGAACUCUGCUCCCCCACCAUAUUAUAUGGUGUCGUUCACAUCCAAAUUAAACUUGGACGUUGUCAAUGAUGAAUACGCUCAAAUGGCAGACCUCAUGGUAUCUUUAGCCAAACAACAACCAGGAUUUCUUGGACUUGAGUCAACACGCGACCCCGCAAGUAAAAUUGGAAUUACCAUUAGUUACUGGAAAGACAAGACAAGCAUUUUACAAUGGAAACAACAGCAUGAUCAUCAACUAGCUCAAGAAUUAGGAAAAUCAAAAUUUUACGACUACUUUACUGUAAGAGUGGCCCUUGUAGAGAGAGACUAUCGAUUCGAAAAUGUAUAG